AUGAAGAUCGUGGCAAACAUCCCCGCUCGCCUCCACAUAGCCGGACAUUGGUGUGUGGUUAAAUACAGUGGCCAAAAGCCUGUAUGUUUCAAGUGCCACAAAGAGGGACACAUCAUCGCUGACUGUCCGUCUUAUCGAGCUGCUCUUGCUCGUUAUAAUAACAAUAAUCCCAACGAGGAUAAUGCUACUAUUAGUAGCAAUAAUAACACGGAGUCUUCUAUACCAGCUGCCCCUUUGCGAUCGUAUGCCGCGGUUGCAGGGAGCAACGCCUUAUCUUCUCAUACCUCCGAGAGUACCGGGCCAUCCACUCCCUUAUUAUCUAAUAAUAAUAGUAGUGCCCAGUCGGCUCCUGCCUGCGCUUCCGACGCUGCGGAAUCUGCCCCUUCUGCCUUGCCUGCCCUUUCUGCCCCUUCUGGGAGGGGUGGCACUGUCGAUAUGGAGUCUUCUCCAUCGGAGUCCUCUCCUACACACCCUUCAAGCCCCGUUCGACGACGUGGGAAAAGACGCCAUUCUCCGGUUACUUCACCACAACCCGAGGAGAAACGUGCGACGCCUGACGACGCGGCUGUUGGUGACGCGGACGAUCCCGUAACAACGGAAUCCCCACCUGAAACUGUGCCCCUACCUGCGGACACUGAUGACGAUGAUGAUGAUGACAAUGAGGAAACGGAAAUGGACAACGAGACGAACACGAACACGAACGAGGAUGGCGAUGAUGAAAAUGACGAUAAUAACGAUGAUAAUAAUGAUAAUGAUAAUGAUGAAAAUGACGAAAAUGAUGAUAUUGGUGACGACACUGAGUCACAACAAUCGGAAGUGGACCAAAUGGACCCGGCCGACUAUCUUGACCUUGGCGAAGAUGAAUAUCCUAGCGACGAUGGUGAUUCCUUCGCUAUCGUUUCGGAGGCGGAGCUGCCCAACUCGCCUGCUCCUCGUCCCGUGCAACUUUCACUCAGGAAAGACACACGACCUGAGAACCGCAAUAAAUCUUCUGGUGCCGUGGCACACGACGCAGACGCUUUAUAUAAAUUGGCGGCAGUGCUUCCCACCCAGGGGGGCUCCCCAUCUUAUUAA